GUCAGGCUCUCUAUAAUUGGCCCCAAUGGUGUCAAUUUUCUCUCUGUUGGUCUCUGUUUCCCCCCUCCCAAAUGGUACAGCCCCAGCACGGUAGGCGCGCGGUAGACCUUAACCCUGAGUUAGAACAGUCCGCUGGGCCGGCCAGAAACAUGCCCGAAGUUUUCUGAACCAAGGCCCAGCGGUGAAAGGCAAGCAGAGAGCCUGGCAAAGGGAGGAAAAGAACGGGAUGCAGAGGGAGAACACGCCGCGCUGGGCGGACGGACGCUUCCUCAGUCUCCGCAGUUUAUUUAGGGACGGUUGGUGGUCGGCCCAUAGCGGAACCAGGCCCCAGCCUCAGUCUGUCCCCGCGCGCCUGAGAGAGGAAGUCACGUGUCUGUGGCCUGAUCCGCCAAUCCUAGGGGAGGCGGCGGGCUCGCCCAUCAGCGCGGCUCUCUCUGCGCCUGCCCCCCGCUGGGACAGCCUGGGGGCGGAGCUUGGCGGUAGGCGCUUGGGUGAGGGCGGGGCUCAGACACCCCGCGGCGCCGGGCGCCUGCGGAGAAGUCGCACUGAGGCGUCGGCCCGGGCUGUGCGCGCGACCCGGAGCCGUCACUGCUCUUUCCGCCCUCCCUCCCCACCGCGCGACUCCGUGUGACCGGCCUGCGGGAGCCUGGGCGAUGGGUCUCGUGACAGGCUCUGUUCCCAGGCAAACCAGCGCAGGGAAAAGGCUGGGGAUGCCCCGCCCUUGGGCAUCAGCCCAGUGACUGCCGGCCCCGCGCAGCUGGGGGGAAUGGGUGUGGCGGGGGCUGUCAGACCCGCAGGGCAGCGACCCUUGGCUUGUAAGCAAGUGUGUGCACUUGUAAUGCUGGGUGCGAGCGGGCUACGUUUGCACCUUUGCUACUGAUACUAUUGUUUGGCUGAAGACAGUCUACUAGGCUACAAUACUUCUCUUAGGCCUGGUCUACACUAUGAGUUUAAUUCGGAUUUAGCAGCAUUAAAUCGAAUUAACCCUGCACCUGUCCACACAACGAAGCCAUUUAUUUCAAAAUAAAGGGCUCUUAAAAUCGAUUUCUGUACUCCACCCCGACGAGCGGAGUAGCGCCAAAAUCGAUAUUGUCAUUUCGAAUUAGGGUUAGUGUGGCCGCAAUUUGAUGGUAUUGGCCUCCGGGAGCUAUCCCACAGUGCACCAUUGUGACCGCUCUGGACAGCAAUCUGAACUCGGAUGCACUGGCCAGGUAGACAGGAAAAGCCCCGCGCACAUUUGAAUUUCAUUUCCUGUUUGCCCGGUGUGGAGAGCACAGGUGACCACAGAUAGCUCAUCAGCACAGGUAACCAUGCAGGCUGAUAAUUGAAAAAGAGCACUUGCAUGGACCGUACGGGAGGUACUGGAUCUGAUCGCUAUAUGGGGAGAGGAUUCAGUGCAAGCAGAACUUCGUUCAAAAAGACGAAAUGCCAAAACUUUUGAAAAAAUCUCCAAGGUCAUGAUGGAGAGAGGCCACAGUAGGGACUCAGAUCAGUGCCGCAUGAAAGUCAAGGAGCUCAGACAAGCCUAUCAAAAAACAAAGGAGGUGAACGGUCGCGCCGGGUCAGAGCCGCGGACAUGCCGCUUCUACGCCGAGCUGCAUGCAGUUCUAGGGGGGGCCGCCACCACUACCCCACCUGUGACCGUGGAUUCUGAGGCGGGGAUAAUCUCAUCAGCUACACCUGAGGAUUCUGCGGACGGGGAAGAGGAGGAGGAGGAGGACGAGCUUGCAGAGAGCACACAGCACUCCGUUCUCCCCAACAGCCAGGAUCUUUUUCUCAGCCUGACUGAAGUACCCUCCCACCCCAGUAUCCAAGACCACGACCGCAUGGAAGGGACCUCAGCAGCUGCAAAUUCUUCAAGCCUCCCUCCUCCGUCCCGAAGGCUAUCACAGAUAAGGUGUCAGAAAAAGAAGAUGCGAGACGAUAUGUUCGCAGAAAUCAUGGAAUCCACCCACAGUGACAGAGCUCAUCUGAAUGAGUGGAAGGACACGGUUUCAAAGUAUAGGAAAGAAGCCAGUGAACGUGAGGACAGGAGGGACCAACGUGAGGACAGGAGGGACCAACGUGAGGACAGGAGAGACGCUCGAGAUGAGAGGUGGCGGCAGGAAGAUCAGAGGAGGCAGGAUGCGACGCUGGGGCUGCUGCGUGAGCAAACAGACAUGCUCCGGCGUCUAGUGGAGCUUCAGGAAUGGCAGCAGGAUAACAGAGUGCCGCUACAGCCCCUGUAUAACCCCCUUCCCCCCUCACCAUGUUCCAUAGCCUCCUCACCCAGACGUGUAAGAACGCGUGUGGGGAGGCUCCGUACACCUUCCCAUUCCACCCCAGUGGACAGCCCAAGCAAAAGGCUGUCAUUUUUUUAACCUUUUUUUAGUGGCCUUUUCCUUCCCGCCGAUCCUCCUCCCAAACUCCACCCGGGUUCCCUCCCUCUUUUUUAAUCUAUUAAUAAAGAAUAAAUGAUUUUUAAA